GUUCUUGAAGCAGUUCUGGUUUGGUGUAAUAGAGUCUCUUUUCAACAAAGCAGUUUUGUUAAUGUUUUUUCUGUUAUGGGUUGGAAAAGGGUCCACCACUUGGUUAUCAUCUUGAUUUUCUUGAAACAUGCUGUUGGUCAUGAAGGUUCGUUUUCUCAGAAUGCUCACCUUCAAGAGAAUUGGCGUGUCCACAAACGCUCUUCCCCUAGGGUAAUCCAGUCUUCUGUGUUGGAGGCUCCAGUGACUGGAAGCAGUCCUGUUGAAGAAGUGGCCCCUAAUAUGGUUAUUGGGAAAAGCCUGAAUGCCAGCAGGUCUAGGUUUUCCCUUUCACGUCAGUAUGUAAAAGGAGGCUUUUCCAGCAGCUAUGAACCUAUGUCUCGUAAACAAAGUGCACCAAGUGUCUCGGAUAGCAUUUCUUCAGUGCUUAAACUCCAGGGUUCCUCCAGUCCAAAUACCCAGAAUGAAGUCAGCCAGUCUGCUGAUAGACAAGGCUCCUACAGCUGGUCUUCUCUCUUUUCUCUGGAUGGCUCUGGACCGCAAGGAGUUUCUGCUCAACUUGCUUCCACACCUGUACGCGGUGGUAGUUCCAGUGGCUUGUCCAUCCUGUCUCCAAGCUCCUCUAGUCAGUCUACCCCUGACUCUUUGUCAAAGCUUAGUUUCUCACCUUUUGAUGUUUCUGGCCUGCCCGCCAGUAAUCAAAGUCCCUCAAACAUGUUUACAGCAAGCUCUCAGAGCAGCUCUGGCCUUCAGUUGGGAGGAACCUCUAGUCUGCUUUCUAAACCGAGUAGCUCUUCCUCAAGAUCCUCAGGAAGUUCCCGCCGUGUUUUUACUGUUACUUAUCAGGGCAGCGCUGGGCCACAACUGGCAGGAGGUUCCAGCCAGCUUGUUUCUACAAGUGGUUUGCUCACCCAGCCUCCAAGUGCUGAAAGCCAGAAUACCUCUGGAUCCUCCUAUGUCAAGCUUGCUGCUUCACCCCUAGGUUUUAGUCAGGUUACCAGUGGUCCAAGCUCUUCCAGGCAGUAUACAUUAAGCUCCCAGAGCAGGGUUGGUACUGAGCUGGCAGCUUCCCAUCAAUAUGUACCAGGACCGGGAAGUAGUUAUGGUUUGUCUGUCCAGCCUCAAGGCACCGCUAGCCAGUAUGCUUCAGCUUUUUCCUUGGGUGCAAAACUUCCCAUGUCCAGCCAGUACUAUCAAGCAACUCGGAGUGGUUCUCUCUCUCCAAGCCAGUCAUCUCUGGGGUGGCAGCCUUCAGUCACUAGGACCCAGGGUUUUCAAGCCUCUAGUACAGCAGUGUCACAAGGAUCUGGUACAUCACAGAGCAGCUCUUGGUUUCCCAGUAGGCUCUCUUCACUGUCCUCUGCAGGAGGUUACAUCAGCUCUUCUGUGCAAUCUCAAGGUACCUCUAGCCAGAAUGCCCCGGUUCCUUUGGGUGCAAAUGUGCCUGUGUACAGUCAAGCUGCUCCAAGUGGAUCCUCGUUGUUUAUGAGCCAGCCAUCUCAGUUGCAUCCUCCUGCCUCUAGAUCACAAAGUUUCCAGACCUCUGGUACAGUUGCAUUACAGAGUGGCUCUCUGUCUCAAAGCAUUAAGACUCCCAGUAGGUUCUCUAUCUCGGCAGUAAGCCCUGGCCAACUUGCCUCCACACAAGGAAGUGGCAGAUAUGAUGGCUUGUUUGGCCUGUCUCAAAGUGCCUCAACUCGGUAUAGCCCUGGGUCCCCUGUAUAUGCCAAACGUGGUUCCUCCCUGCUGGACGUUUCUAGCCAAUCUUCCAGUGGUCCGGGCUCCUACAGAAAGUACACCUCAAGUUCCCAGAGCAGGGCUGGCACUCAGCUGGCAGGCUCUAGUCCUUAUGUGCCUGUACAGACAGGAAGCACCUCUACUGAUGACUCAAAUCUGCGGCUGCAAGGUACCUCUAGCCAGUAUACCCCUUUGAAUGCAAAAGUGUAUAGUCAGGCUGCUGCAAGUGGACCCUUGUCUCCGAGCCAACCAUCUCAAUGGCAGACUUCCUCUAAAUGGUUGCAAGGUUUUCAGACCUCUGGUACAGUUGCAUUACAGAGUGGCUCUCCAUCUCAAGGCUCCAAGGCUCCCAGUAAGUUCUCUACCCUUACCUCUGCAGCAAGUCCUGGCCAAUUUGUCUCCACACAAGAAGGAAAUGGCAGAUAUAGUGGUUUGUCCAGCCUGUCUCCAAGUACCUCAAGUCUGUAUAGCCCUGGGUCCCCUGUAUAUGCCAAACGUGGUUCCUCCGUGCUGGAUGUUUCUAGCCAAUCUUCCAGUGGUCCGAUCUCCUACAGAAAGUACACCUCAAGUUCCCAGAGCAGGGCUGGCACUCAGCUGGCAGGCUCUAGUCCUUAUGUGCCUGUACAGACAGGAAGCACCUCUACUGAUGACUCAAAUCUGCGGCUGCAAGGUACCUCUAGCCAGUAUACCCCUUUGAAUGCAAAAGUGUAUAGUCAGGCUGCUGCAAGUGGACCCUUGUCUCCGAGCCAACCAUCUCAAUGGCAGACUUCCUCUAAAUGGUUGCAAGGUUUUCAGACCUCUGGUACAGUUGCAUUACAGAGUGGCUCUCCAUCUCAAGGCUCCAAGGCUCCCAGUAAGUUCUCUACCCUUACCUCUGCAGCAAGUCCUGGCCAAUUUGUCUCCACUCAAGAAGGAAGUGGCAGAUAUAGUGGCUUGUCCAGCCUGUCUCAAAGUACCUCAAGUCAGUAUAGCUCUGGGUCCCCUGCAUAUGCUAAGCGUGGUUCCUCCCUAGAUUUUUCUAGCCAAUCUAUAAGUGAUCCAAGCUCUUCUGGCCUGUAUGCAUCAAGCUCCCAGAGUAUGGCUGGAACUCAGCUGGCAGGUUCUAGUAGUUAUGUGCCUGCUCAGACCGGAACCACCUUCACUGGAGCAUCUUUCCAGGUUCAAGGUACCUCUAACCAGUAUGCCCCUUCUGUGUCCAGUCAAUACACUCGGGCUUCUCCAAGUGAAUCAUCGGUUGGCUCGGAGGCAUAUCGAAAACGGCAGCCUUCAGCCUCAACUUUGAGCCAAUGGUUUCAGGCCUCUGGCACAGCUGUACCCCAGAGCAGCUCUUUCCCUCAAAGCUCUCAGACUUCCAGUGGAUCUUCCUUCCUGCCAGCCCUGAGCCCUUCUGUGGCCCAGAGUUCUGUCUCUAGUUCUCGGAGGACAUUAAGCUUCUUUGGUACAGGACUCGGACCCUCUAAGCUCUCAGCUCAGGCUGCUUCUGGCUCCACAAUCAGCCAAAUAUCUCCUGGUCUGUCUGCUUCAGUUAAUCAACCCCCAAACUCCAUGACUUCAUCUCUAGGCUCAAGUGUCCAAGGAGCUUUACAAGGUAUAUUCUCUGGUCAGUCCAGUGACUCAACAUCACUUAUCUCAAGUAGCUAUGGUUCCACCUAUGACCAAAAAGCUACUGGCUUUUUCAGACCUUCCCAGAGCUCCUCUGCUACAGGACGAUACUCAUCUGUCAAGGGCUAAGGGACUGCCAUGUGCUCUGGUUCCGUAGACAAAUGUCAGCGCUAUAUGGUAGAAGUAUGUGCUUUUAUAGUGUAAUUUUGCAGCAAUAAAUUGCGUUUAAUGGAAA